AUGAAUUCGCUGUGGUCUUCAAGGGGUACAAGUGACACUUCUGGGCCUACAAACGACAAGCAGCCCUCCGCGGACGUUGCCAGCAUCGGGGACGCCCCUCCACCCGUGCCUGCGCUGGAAGCAGGAGCCGCUGAGGCUAGGAAUACACCGACUCCGAUCAACAACACGCCUGCCGCCUUCCCCUCGCGCCCUGUCCUCGUGCGCAACCAGCCCUCACCCGCCGCUCCACAAGUACCGAUCCAGGUCCCCCCAGCGUCUGGUCAGAUGGCUUCCCAGCAGCCCCCGGACUCGCUUUCCCUGGCGCAGCUUCGCAGAUACGUUGCCGAGUUUCCACACGCCGAGCCUCUUGCCUACGAGUUUGUGUACGAGGACUUCGCCCCGAUCGAGGAAGAGAUUGAUGAGUGGUUUGUUUACCAGUACUGGCAGUGGGUGCGGUUAAGCCACAUUCAGAAUGCGUUCGAGGAGCAGUGGAGGCUCGACCUUGCUGGUCAGCGGUGGGAAGACGUCGGUUCCGACGGCCAGACCAAGUUUCUACGCGAGGCGCUGGAUGCGUUUUCUUAUGCGGAUCAGGGACUCCGGACCAGCGCCAUCAACCGAGUCGCGUACAUUGCGCUGGGCAGAUGGGCCGAUACAGCAGGAGGCGCCACUGCUGCAGAGGGCCGUGGCCCAGAGUUCAAAUCUGCAGCAACAGAUUCGCAGCUGGCAGCAAUGAAGGACGGAUGCCGGCUGAUUGCUGAUUCUGACGGCCUGGGAGUUGUUUGGGCGGAAUUACGGCGUGCCUUGGAGGCCUUCUGGUCUGAUGGUCCGCAAUACCAGCCAGAUCUACUUCAACAAGCGCAGGAUGACCUCAUGAAUUUGAUGACCAUUAUAUACAUGACUUUGCAGCAUUGUCUUAGCUAUCCUACCGAAAUGACAGCAGUCCGAGAGAAGCUUCUUGGGCUUAAUCCUAAUAUUGCCGAGUUUAUGCUGCUCGCUACCACCAAGCUGCGAUGGGAUGAACAAGGACAGCUCCCUCUAACCCAUGUCCUUCUCCUAUUCUGGAAAACGAUCCUUUUGGUGUUUGGCGGGAUCAGAGAAAUCGAAGAAACGAAAAAGGCGACAUGCGAAACAGGGACAGACGCCAAGGACAAGAACAUAAUAACGGCGUCGCCGUUGGAUUAUCACAAUUUCCGCCAAGAGAUAACCUCCAAAUACCCAGCCUACAUCCCGCCUCAGCUAGCGAUACCUAUCGAGGCAGAAAACUCAUCUUUACUACCGCCACUUCCGAACCAGCAGGGCAGGAAUAACGGAUCCAAUGGCAUCCUGCCUGGCCCGCCAAACUCACAGGCCAGCGGAUCCUCCAUUCUAGACGAAAAAGUGCACAUAGCAACGCCAGCACCCUCACCUCCGCCGUCCCCUAGCGUCGGAGGCAAGGUUGGCAAAAAGCAGAACUACCAAACCAACCAAAAUUUCCCAUUCAUGUAUCCACCACUCGAUGCUACGAGCAAUAGCGCUGGCGGCAAGGGCCUUGCUGGUCUACAGGACCUACUUGUAGGUCGGAAGUGGGAGGGCAGCGACAUCCCGGCUUCUAUCCUGGAGGCUGGUGAGCUCUUUUCAAAACGCGUGCGAAUGACACGUGCCACGAGGCAACUAUGGGAAGAAAGAGAAAAGUUUAUCAAGUACUCUAGGGGUUGGGAAGAUAAUGACAACGACAUCAUUGAUGAGCUCGAUUUGUCAACCCUCACAUUGGAGGAGAAACAAGAGCUGGGGCUGGUUAAGACGGAUCGCGAGGAAAUGCCGCCAGAAGUUAUCGUGGAUUAUGGCCCCAAUUCUGAAAAGCUGUCGCCCGAGAUUUGUCGGCGCUUGGCCGACCUUGAGCACUUUUAUGGAGCGGCGCUGCCGCAACUUCAAUCACUGGUUAUGGUCCUACUCAAGGCCAUUGUGCAGCACGUCACGGUCCUUAUGGUAACAACACAACAGCAAGGCCAGACUAAUGCUGGCCAGAACGGGCUUCGCGCCGCUAACGGCGGUGCGCCUCCUCGUGGCACCGAGGCAACAACCAACGGAACAAGCCCGGAGCAUUCGGCAGCUAUCCAAGAGGAAAACGACAACACCAGAACUCGUGAGAUUACCAUAAAAGCCGUCUCCGGGAUUUUGAUUCUCAUUUUGAAGUGGUUCAAGCUAUCGCAUAUACUCAAGUUCGAGUUUGUGACACAGCUGCUCCUUGAUUCAAAUUACAUCCCACUAGUUCUCAAGUUGUUUGCCCAUCAGGACGUCCAACAAACGGUCGACAGCAAAAGCGAUCGUACUGAGAGCAGCUUCUUCUACUUUUGCAACCUGCGAGCUGGAGCACCAGAAAAGACGGAAGAUCCCCAGCAAGAUGAGGAAAGUGAGGAUGAGGCUGCGCCGCCACCCAUCAAGAGGCAACGCUCCCCUACAGAAAAAGGCACUGGGGCUGUCAAUGGGAAAGAUUCACAGCAGACGGAAGAUGCGCAGCCAAGUCGGCCUGAAGUAGACGAACUUGGUUGCCCGGUCAACCCGCUCCCCAAAGAGCCGAUCACGGACUUUUCAUGGCGUAACUUCUUCUCACUGAUCAACCUUUUGCGGGUCAUGCAGAAGGUGUGCAAAGGGAAAGCGCACCGCAACUUGCUCCUGGUGCACUAUAAGUCAUCCAACAUACUACGCAAGUCUCUGAAGGUACCCCAACCGGAGUUGCGGCUGUAUACUCUCAAGCUUUUUAAAAACCAGGUUCCCUACUGCGGUCGUAAGUGGCGCCAAGGCAACAUGAGAGUCAUCACGGCUGUGUACCUCCAUUGCAGGCCAGAGCUGAGAGACGAGUGGCUCGCCGGGUCUGACGUAGACGCCGAGGUGGAAGAGGCGUUGCCGCUAGAGCAGGCGCUGAGGAGCAUCACGCAUUGGUUCAACGUGCGCAGGUAUCCGGAUAGCAUGGGUCCCGACCUAGCUAAUGCUUUGCGUGAAGGUCAUGAUUUUUUUGCUAGAGAAUUAGAGAAGGUAGACCUUCAAUGGCUCGAGCUGGGAGACGACGGGGUUUCGGUGGGUGAAUGGGAGGGAUUGGCGGCUUGA